AUGAACAAGCUUCUCUUAGGUCUCUUGGUGCUUCUUGCCGCAAUUGCGGGUAAGUCUUUGCCUUUCAACGGCUGCAAAAGUUGAACCUUUGCGAAUUUUUUAAGCGAAGAAUUUCAGUGCACUCCUUCAAAUCUGGCAGCGAUUUCGGUUCUGACCAAAAGCACUUGGAAAAGCAUUACAAACGUCUUCUCAAACAUCAUCACCAUCAUCAUCACGAUGAUUCCAGCAGCUCUUCAUCGUCUUCUGAUUCCUCUUCCGACUCCAGUUCUAGCUCGGAUUCAUCUUCCAGCUCAGACUCGAGCUCCUCCUCCGACUCUAGUUCUAGCUCAGACUCUAGCUCUUCCUCUGACUCCAGCUCCAGUUCUGACUCUAGCUCUUCCUCCGACUCGGGUUCUGAUCACAGCUCUAGCUCUGAAUCUGGAGGUGAUUCCGACUCCGGUUCAGGAUCCGAUUCUGGUUCUGGUUCUGGCUCUGACUCGGGCUCUGGUUCCGGCUCCGGCUCCGGCUCCGGCUCCGGCUCCGGCUCCGGCUCCGGCUCCGGCCCCGGCUCCGGCUCCGGCUCCGGCUCCGGCUCUGGCUCCGGCUCUGGCUCUGGCUCUGGCUCCGGCUCUAGCUCUGGAUCGGGCUCUGGAUCGGGCUCUGGCUCUGGAUCGGGCUCUGGCUCUGCCGCUGGCUCUGGAUCAAACAGCGGUGGCGGAAGUGGAAGCGGUGACUACUGCCUGCUCCUACAGUACUUCUACAACAUCUCCGUUGAAUUUGAAGUAAGUUGAGUGAAGAGUUAGUAAUUCAGCAUGGCUUUAACUAAUCGUCCACCAACUUUCAGGGCCAAGAGGUCUACGAACUCUGGCUGGAAUGGAUCGAUGAGGUUAAUGUGACCAUUAGCUACAACACUGAGCUCACCAUAAAGGAGAAACUCAUCGAGAUCUGGGCCAGCCUCCAGGCCUUCCUCUCAGUUCACACUGAAAUCCAAGAGACAAUUUACUUUAUCUACAUCGAAGAAUGGGGAGGAUAUGUCAGAAAUAUUGAGGCUGUCACGGUCGCCUUCAGAAUUUCAAAGAGCGAGAAAUUGGUUGAGCUUGAUGAAAGUGGAGACUGUGAACUCUUUGAAUACCUGAGAAACGGAACAUCAGCCGAAUGGGAAACUCAGGUUGAAACCUUGAUCUCCGAGAUUACCGUCAUCCUCGAAGGAGAUUACUCUUACGCUUAUAAGCUCGUCCUGAUCUACGAAAAGAUCCAAGCCUUCUUCCAAGCCAAUUCCGGUGCCGAGGAACAACUAUUGCAGAUUGAAUUUGGAACAUACGGCACCUUCUAUUCAUUCUACGAGCUCACUGCGUACUACUGGAGAGUCUACAACUUUGACCUUGCUGUUGGAGGAUCCAGCUCCCAGUUGAUUCAAGUCCUCACAGCUUCUUAUCAAAACACAUCAACAGGCUCGGUUUCCGUGCGAUCCCAAAUCAAACAACUGACCGAAAAGAUUUCCGCUUACUAUGAGACCACUACUGAUGUCACUCUUCGCGUCCAAUACUUCUACGCGCAGCUGUAUCAGUUCUACAUUCUCAACGAGUGGACCGUCAAUAUUAUCUACAGUCUGGAGAUCCAAGGCUAUGGAGAUUUGUAUCAGCUUAUCUAUGCUUAUGUCCUGGUAAGUUUCCUAGCAACAUCUUAGCUAUAAUCAGAAGAUUGAUUUUCUAUAUUUUAAUAUAUUCAGGAUUUGGAGAUUGGCUUCGACUUCACACUCCCAACUACAACUGAAGAGACCACGAUCCCAACUACAACCACCACUAAGAAACCCGUCGCUCAAUGUUCUGAAGUCACUCAGAUCAACGAAUUUUCGUCCAACACUACCGACUUACUGACCUCCAUUGUCACAGCUCAGGCUUCUUGGAAUUCUUCUGAGAUCAGUAACUUCUUGGCCUAUAAGAAACGAAUCUACGUCGUAUCUUCCAAUACCACCGCCACCCUAGAAGAGAAAUACAACAGUAUUGUGCUGGUGUUGACGAAAUGGACCACCAACACCUUCUAUUUGAACUUGGUGUACCAAAUUAAUAUCAUCCAAUGGGGAGGUACUGUCAAACAGGCCAUCAAUUGUCAGAGCGCGGUUGAUGUUCAAUGA